AUGUUUUGGCUACGGGACUACAUCGAUUACUAUUGGGGAGUUGGAGUGAACGAUUUCGACUUCUAUUUUGAUGCUGACGAGUACCCGGACGAGAAGGAGUUUGGCUUUAAGAAACUUGCUGGAUUCCUCGGUAAUCCGCUCUACAAGCAUCACAAGGCGUUCCUCAAUCUCGACUACAACCAAACGGUCUCAGUGCGCAAAUUCUCACUGGUAGUUGUCUACGAGAACAACACGUCAUGGGACGAUCGAAUAGAUCUUAUGCUGAAAUGGAGAGCGAUCGUUGACAGGUACCCGAGCCUCAAUGCAAGUGUGUGGAAUGUGAACGCUAUGUUUGUUGAUCAAAUGUUGAGCUUGAAGUCGCUCACGUGGCAGACAUGUUUGUGGACUUUGUUCUGCAUGGCGAUCGUUUGCGCAAUUUUUAUCCAAAAUCCGAUAUCGGUUAUUAUGGCCACUACUGCGAAUCGCAUCGAUCAGUCUUGGUACCUCUCAUUCUGGCAUCUUGACCUCGAUCCAGUUUCUCUUUGUGCGGUUCUCAUCAGCAUCGGCAUGGCCGUCGACUUCGUUGCUCACACUACAUACCAUUAUCAGUUGUCUAAUACCGGAGUAGAUCAAAGAAAAGGGCCAAGAGAUACGCGAGUGAACUCGCCCACCGAGCAGCAGAAUACGACACACGAUCAGCAACAUUGCGUGGCCAAUGUCACAAGCCGGCAUCUCCACUGUCAUCUGCAUUCUUCCCAUCGUCGUCCUACAGAACUACAUUCACUGAGUGUUGUGGUGCAAGACGACAACAGACUUGUUAUUCCAUUGCGUGUUUUGAACUUCAACUGUUAUCGGGUCCUAGUGAACGCUCGGAAUGAAGUCGCUGGCCAGGAGAUGUUGCUUCUCGAUGGCGACGCCAUUCGUACAUGA